AUGACUAUAAACUCAAUUCCUAAAGUUAGAAAUAUUAAAAUCUUUGAAGAAGUAAUACAAGUCAAGAAUACCACUCUCACCUGGGAAGAAUACUUGAAAUUGGAAAGAAGAUUUCAGCAAACUCACCAUCAAAGUUCUCAAUGGACUUUUGACUGGAAAGGUCCUGCAGCUAAAUAUUG